UCCACCCUGGGAGGUGCUGGUGGCACAGGUACUGCCCGACACUCCUUUAUAUGGAGCAGCUCAGUCUGGAAACAGAGGCUGGAAGACCUCGGAAGACCUCGUAGCCUACCAAGUUCUCCCCAUGGCUUUAGAUGCAAUCUGCCACCCCUCCGGAAAGAGACCCUACAAGAUGCAAACCUUCAGAAUCUGGGACAUUAACCAGAAGACCUUCUACCUGAGGAACAACCAACUGAUUGCUGGAUACUUGCAAGGACCAAAUACUAAAUUAGAAGAAAAGAUAGAUGUGGUGCCCAUUGAUCCUCACGUUGUGUUCCUGGGGAUCCACGAAGGGAAGCUGAGCCUGUCCUGUGUCAAGUCUGGGGAUGAGACCAGGCUCCAGCUGGAGGCAGUUAACAUCACGGACCUGAACAAGAACAAGGAGCAGGACAAGCGCUUCACCUUCAUCUGCUCAGAGAACGGCCCCACCACCAGCUUCGAGUCAGCCGCCUGCCCGGGCUGGUUCCUCUGCACGGCUCUGGAAGCUGACCGGCCCGUCGGCCUCACCAACAAGCCCGAAGAACCCACGAUGGUCACCAAGUUCUACUUCCAACAGGACCAGUAGCACUGUCCAGACCUGCCCGGCCCCAGCCCAGCUCACGGAUAACUCUGGGGCCUGCCUCCCCACCCCGGCCUGGGGCUCCUGGCCAGCUCGGGUCUCUGAUGAGCAGCCUUUGUGGGCUGGACCCUUGGAAGGGGUCAGCAGAACCCUGGAAACAGGACUCUGCCUCCAGCUGCCUCCCUUGACCCAGUCUCCAUGCUGCCUCCAGAAUGGUCUUUCUAAAGUGCAGGUCAGAACACGGCAGCCCCCUGCUCACAGCCCUCCAUGGUCACCUCCACAAUCAGAAUGUCAUCCUGGCCCUGCCCAGCCCAGACACCCUCUGCUUCCCCGACUCCUCCGCCCCACGUGUGGAUGCCACAGAUCCAUCAGGCACUCACUGGCCCCCCACCAAGUGGCUGCUGCACCCAGGUCUAUACACUGAUGCUGUUCCAUGGGGAAAUUUUUAAGAGUCUGUGGAAAAAUAGAAAAUGAGGAUUUUGUGGUAUUUUUUUUUUUAUUCAGACAACUUUAUUCAAUGUGGAAGAGAGUCUUUCAUUUGGAGAUUAUGUUCAUUCCAAAGGGGGUUAGGAGUUAAAAUAUUCCUGGGCUUGUGAAAAGAUGGCGAAAGUGAGAAGUAGGUGGGAGCUUUUUCUUUCUUCUUUUUGUAAUGUCCUAACCAGUAAAAAUGAAAAGUUAGCGUGUUAUGUUGGCCCCCUAAUUUUUGUCCUUUUUGAAACCUUCCCAUAAUCUGGGCCCCACUGCCUGGGCCCCAGACACCAUCUCCACUCCAGACCUUUUACAGCUGCCUGCAGUCCUUUCCCUGCCACCAAAGUUCCCCCAGCUCCCAAAUCACCACACACAUGCACAUGUGGCUCCCAGAGGAAUGAAUCGCUCCCUGAGCAUUUGGCAGUCCUGACACUCUGAGCUUGUGUGAGACGUGGCUGUGCCUGUCUGUCUCCUGCACCAGACAGUGAGCCCUGGGGAGCAGGGAGCACCUGGCCCAGCCCUUGCAGGUGCUCGAUGAAUGUGUGUUGUAUGUGUUGGGUGGGAAGUUCCUUCCUCCCUGUGACUGCAGCUAUUUAACAAUAAAACCUUGAAAACUCA